UUAAAUCGCUGUCGCAAACCUGACGCCACUGCAUCAGCCACAGCCACCGGCGUAGCGCGUUCGUUGAUCUCGCUCUCUCGCUCUCUGGCUCGCGAUCGGGACGGACCCUGUGCGUGCGACGCGCCCGAUUUAGAUUUUUGGAAAUCACAAAAAUAUCAACACCAACGGUGACAGCGACAAAAUAUAUUACAUAAUAUCGCUCGUAGCUCGACAAAUAGUGAUAGGUUUACUGCACUGUUAAUAUACACAUAUUAUAAUAUUAUAGUCGUAGGUACCUAUUUACGCGCCCCCUUCGUAUACUCACCAACAGUGGCCACGGACACGGUAUAUUUUAUACUAUACCUCACUCGCGUCCAGUCGCCUGACCGAUACGGCGGUGGUUGGGCAGAGCGUACUGAAAUGCUGGUAACCCCUACAGACGCCGUGGAUCGACCCGACGACGAGGAACGGCGUCGUCAAUCGGACAAGUUUGACGAUGCCGGCGGAGGCUGUGACGGCGGCGGUGAUGGAGGUGACGUUGGUGACGGAGGUGUCGGAGCCGGCGGCGGUGGUGGAGGCGGAAAAAAGCACCGUAAGAGGCGGAACCGCCGGAACCGUCAGCGACAACAGGCGGAAGAAGACCACGAGGCCGCGGUCGAAUCUCUUACGCCUACCAUAGGAUGCGAAAACUACGGCCUAGCUAUCAAUACGGCUAAAGUCAACGACGAAUCCACCGAAGACCCCACAGGUGGUGCUGUCGCGGAGGCGACAACACCCCUGACGACGGGUCAAGUGACCAAAGUGGUCGGAAGUGCCAUCGGCGUUGCCUCUACCGAAACCACCUCAGAGGACGUAACCAUGGAAGUACAGAUAGACGACGAGAUAGACGAAGAUGACGGUGGACGGUACUCAUCGUAUUCAAUGUCAUCGGUGGAAGACGAAAACGGCGAUGGCAGUGAUGGUAGCCGUCAAAAAACUGUGACAAGAGUGGCAUGUGACGAAGACAACAUUGACAACGAAUUGGAAAAUCAGACCAAGGACCACAGUUGUAGCAGUGUUGCAGUAAACACUACUUCACCACCCCCAGACGUCAUAAUGCAUCACAACCACGAUGUCAUCAAGCGAAAAGGUUCGAGACGAAACCGACGCAAACGCCGGUCGUCUACCACCACCACGGGGGUUAGCGAUUUAGAUGUCCACAUGGCGCCGGUAGUCGGCGAAGAGGAACCGUCGGUACCAUCGCCGUCACUGCCGGAAGAAAUUACGACGAAUACCGUUGACACAAUAGCGUCAAUCAAUAAAGAUAGUACCAAUAUUGAAAACAACGACGAUAUCACUUCCAAAAUCGUCGAUAGUAAUAUUAUCGAUAGCGUUACGACGGUCGUCGACACUACCCUCGCUGAAGACAACAGUGACCGCCAGUCCACGGCGAUGACUACACUGCAAUCACAACAGCUGCAACAGGAGCCAUCAUCGAUCUCGGCCGCUGUACAGGAUAUGGUGGGACCAAUGGUACACAUUGCAGCCACUGUAGCAGCUGUCCAAGAUGUGGAGAGUCGGUUAUUGGAAGACUUUGAGUGGAAGCUCAGCGAGGUGCACCGGCAGUGGAAACGCCGUCUGUCGGAGCACGAACGUAAAUUAGCCGACGAGAUGGCUACGCGACAGCGUGAGAUGAACGACGAUAUGGACCGGCGGGCUUUAGAGCUGGCAGAAGAGGUGAUGAAGCGUGAACAGAGGAUGGCUGAGGAGAUGGUGGAACACGAGCGGCACCUCAAGAGUGUGUUGAUAAAACGGGAACGAGAUCUUGAGGAACGGGCGGCCGCGGAGAUGGCUGAACGGAAGCGAGAGUUCGAGACGAUGGCCAAGACCGAAGUGGAUGCACGGAAACAAAUGAUAUUGGCCGAGGCAGAGGCAAAGGUGGCCAGGCGAGAGAAGGAACUCAAGGCUGAGGCAGAGGAGGCGAUAGCGGUGGCAAAAAGGGAGCGCCGGCUGGCCGCGGUGGAGGCUUCGAAACGCGAACGGGACGCUGUGGCGGCGGCGUUGGCGGAGGCCGCAAAGCGAGAGCAACAGAUAUUGGCAGACGCGGACAAGCGGGAGCGAGACCUCCUGGCCGAGGCCGAUCGCCGUCAAUGGGAUAUGGUUGAACAAGAGGUGGCCAAGGCGGCCAAACGUGAACGAGAGCUGCGGGCAGAAUGGGCUGCCCGGGAACGGCAACUGGCCGCGGAGUCAGAGGAGCGCGAACAACGUGCGGUGGAAGCAGCCGAAAGGCAAGUGCGCAGGCAAUGGCGGCAGUGGGAGAGGGACGCGAUGGCCGAGAACAGGAAAGUGGUAGAGGAACAACAAGAGCGAGCCGAGCGUGAGCUGGCCACUGCCCGAACUGCGUGGGAACGGGACCGAACUGACCGAAUCGCCGCCCUGGAAACAAGAUGGACGGAGCGCAUGCAGGAUGCUGUUCAAGCGGAACGAGCUAGGGGAGCGGCGGCAGCGGAAGAGUUGCGGCGUACUAGUCAGGACGAACAGAAGCGAAUAGUGGCCGCUGCAACAGCGGAAGCUGCUGCCGAAGCUUGUCGCAAAACUCGGGCCGAAGCAGACGCUGAGUUGGUCAAACUGCGAAGGGCUGUAGACACGACGGCGCUGUGGUAUGAGGACUUACUUGACGCGGCCCGAGCAGAACGGGACCGAUGCACGGAAAGGGCUGACGAAGCGGAACGGAAACAGUCGGAAGCGGAACGGAAACUGUUGGAAGCGGAACAAAAUCAGUUGGAAGCCGAACGGAAAUUGUCUGAUGCUGAAAGCGCCAAAGCGAAAGCGGAGAAAGAGCUGGCGGAAGUGACCAGCUGGCUGACGGCAAUGGAAAUUAAUCUGGCCACAGCAAAGAGCGAUCUCGCCAACUUGGAUAAUUUAUUGGUAGAAUCAGCCAAUCGGCAGGCGGAAACUGAGAGCAAACUGAACGCCGCGGAACAUAAAGUGAACGAAAUGGAAAAAAAGUUGACUGCCUGUGUGGCAAUGCAAUCAGCUAAUAACCGCCGCGAUAACCUCCAUGAAAAUGACGAGGACGAAGACGAGGAAGAGAACCACGAGGAUGACGAGGACGGUGACGGUGAUGUCGAAAGUGCAGCUACAGGAUGUGGUGUUGCCACCGACGAGGAUGAUAUAAAUGGUGAGACUGAGCCGAAGAGCUGCUGCGUCCGGGCCGUCAAGAGGCGCGUAGCACAACUCAUUGUGUCACACGGUCAGCGGAUGGAAGAGCAGCGUGAACGGCAUGCUCGGCAAAUGCGUCGACAGUUGGAGUUGUUGAUGGACCAACGUCAACAGCAGCACCACCAUCACCAUCAACAGCAAAAGCACGAACAACACCAGCAGCAACAGCAAAACCAGCAGCCACAAUACCAGGAGCAGCAGAAACAGCAACAGCGGAAUGAUCUAGACGAGCAUCAUCAGCAGGAAGUGCACCAACAGCAGCUGCAAAACGAGCAGCAGAAAAAUCAGGACGAGCAGAACGAGCAAUGGCAACUCCAGCAGCGAAGGCGUCGACCCCGCGGCGGUGGAGUCGGUGGAGCAGAAAGAGCAGAGGUAGGCAGUGAUCACAGACCACAACAGCAUUCGUCACCGCCUCCGUGCAAUGGUGGUAGCGGAAGCAGCAGUAGCAGCCGGAGUAGCCGGCGCCGGAACAAGCACCGGCAACAACAACAGCAACAGAACCCGAACCUUCGGGGACCUCCACCACCGCCCAGGCCGUCCGGGAGACCGACAGCAUGACAAACAACCAACGCCAUUGAAUGUUUAUUAUUUGUACUCAUAUGAUAACUGUUUCUAUUGCGUGGCGUGUGCCCACUUUUGUUUAUAAUUAUUUAUUUACGGCUGUAUUUAUUUAUAUUUAUUUAUUUGGGUUUUUUUUUAUGACGCGCGUGUUUCAAAAAUACUCAUUUACUAUUACUAUACUACUCAUUAUAUAUAAUAAACAUUAUUAUAUUAUACUAUGUACCGUGGCCGUUGUCGAAAGUGUAAACCGGCCACGAACAUCCCUCAGAGACGACGAGAUUCUCAACCCCUCACCCUCCAUCGCCUUCCCUUUUCAUAAUAAAGAACUUUACGCACAUCAAA